ACUCACAGUACCAUUGAAGUACUGUGUAGUACCUUUGAAUUGUUUCCUACUUGGAAGCAAACUUGAACAAUCAUGUGGGCCAAGCAACUUCCAUUGUACACGAUUCUGUGCAGUUCCUGUAUUUCUUGAUGUCAAGAUUUGCCUUAAAGAAUGCUAAAAACGGAACCUGUGACAUGAAUCAACAUGUCAAAGAUGAAAAAUCUCUUCAAGUUCAAAAAGAGCACCAGUGAUCUAACUGAGUGGAAUAAGACUGAUGAAAAACUUCUGCAAGCUGUUCAGAAUGGUGACACACAUAAGGUGGAGGCUUUGCUAAGCAAGAAGAACACCUCUGCGACAAAGCAAGAUUUGCAGGGAAGGACUGUUCUUCAUUACGCAGCCACUCACGGAAAAGAUGAUUCCCUAGAAAUUUUAUUGAGCCAUGGGGCAGAGAUUAAUGCUGCAGAUUUUCAAGGGAAGACAUCUCUCCAUUGUGCUGCCAGACAUGGAUGGGCAGGGCUUAUUCAAAAAUUGCUUCAGGCCAAUGCAGGUCUAGAGUAUAUAGAUGAGGCUGGCAUGACAGCCCUGCACCAUGCCUGUUUGGGAGGACAUCUACAUUGUGUUCAGGUGCUGAUUAAAGCAGGGGCAAAGCUAAAUGCUGCAAAUAAAGAUGGCCGCACCCCUCUCUUCCUGUCAGCUCAAAUGGGAAGUGCAUCCAUCUGUAUGGAGCUGAUAAACCAUGGUGCUAAUUUAAAUGCACAGGACAAUGAGCUGAGAACUCCUCUGAUGUUGGCUGCAGAACAUGGAAACAAGGAUAUCUGUGAGAUGUUCAUCAAGAAAGGAGCCUUAGCUCAGAUGACUGACAGACUAGGUCGCAGUGCUGGCUGGUAUGCCCUGGAUAAUGGUCAUAGUAACAUCAAGUAUAUUGUAGACAAUGCUCCUGCUGCAGCAUCCUGGGAUGUAGGUGCAGAUGAAGUGACCCUUAAGCAACCAGAGCAUGUGGAUUUUGUUGAUGCUUUCAUCAGUUCACAGAACAGGCUAGAGGGUGGAGAUAGCACAGAGGAUGAAGGGGGACAUGAUAAUGAGAGUGAUGAGGACAAUACAAUGCUAAACCAGUUGAAUAAAGACACAAAGAACACCAAGCAUUCAUCUGUGAGCAAGAAUAUUCCGGAGCCAAUCAAUUCUGGUCAGCAAAGAGCAUCUACUCAGAUGACUAUGGAUCUGUAUCGCGAACUGGAAGAAGAACAUGAUCUUUUGAAUCAAGAGUACAACCAACUGACUGUAAAAUACAAUAAAUUAGUCCAGAAACAACAGCAGAAAGAAGGCCAAGGACAACAACAGAAUGCUAUUGAUGCCACAUUGAUAGAAUCCUUAGAGGAGGAAGUUCAGAGAUUGACCUCUCAGUUAACACAAGCCAAGGACAGGGAGCAAGAGUAUGUUGAAGAGAUACAGGGUCUGAAGGAUCAACUCUCUGCUUUCCAAGCCUCAGAUGUUGAGAAAGAAGGCAGUGAUGUUGAUAGCUGGGGAGACACUGAUGAUGAAUUGUUUGAUCUGCCAGGCACUGAUAAAAGACAACCUGGAACUAUAACACAGAAAUUGCCAAAGUCAACCUUAAGCAGUGAAGAUCAGCAAAACAAGAAGCAAAUUGCUGUUCUUAGGAGCCAAUUACUAGAAUUGACAAGAGAUAAUGAUGCAUUGAAGGAGAAGAUGUCAAAGAUGAAGCCAAUGUCUGAUUCCUCAGAGCCCGUAAGUUUGUCAAAAUCAGAAGAUGAAAGAGAAACUGUACCUUUAUCACAGUAUGAAGAUUUAAAAAGAGCAAAUGAAUCUGAAGUCAGAGAUUUAAAGCAUAAAAUUGCAGAGUUAGAGAGUGAAAAGCUGACGUUCAUCACUGCCAUUGAAACAACUGUCCCAGAAGAAAAAUAUGAAGAAAUGCAGACCUCCUCAGAACUACAAAUUGCAGAUAUGCAGGGGAUAAUAUCAGGAUUGGAAAAGGAACUGGAAAGAGUAAAUGGACAGAUGAGCUCAAAUCAACAGUCUUCCAAAACUCUUGAAGAACAUUUACAACAGAAGAGUUUGGAAGUAAUGACUCUGCAGAAUGAAAUAGUUAACCUAGAAGCCAAGAUUUCUCAGCUUAAGCAGACUGGAAGUCCAAGGGAAGGAAAACAACUUGAAGAUACUUAUGGAAUGGAGAUUGCAAAGUUAAAGCAAUGUAUAUCUGAGUCUGAAAUUAAAAUACAGACACUGGAACAGGCCAGGGAAAAUACUAUACCAAAUGACUUGUACAAAGAAAUGAAGAAAAAGAAUAACGAAGAAAAGCAAGUGCUUCAGUCACAAAUUGACACACUGCAGGAACAGUUGGAAUCGGUAGCAAAAGAGCUCAAUGAGUUGACUGUGCAUACAGAUAAACUUAUGUCUGAGAAAGAAGGCCUUGCUGGAAAAAACAAGACAUUGACACAGGAGGUAGAAAAACUGCAACUCCAACUGGAGAACCUACAACAAUAUCAUGAGAAGACCCACACAGAGCGUGAAACAAGGCUAAAGCAAGCAGGGGAACUGACCUGUGAAUUGGGAAGGAUACAGGACACAAUAUCACACAUGUCCACUGAGAAUACCCAGCUAAAGGACACAGUGCAGCAGCAGGUGGAGGAAAUAGUAGAACUGAAGGACCAACUGGAGAAAAAAGUUUGGUACGAGAGACAGCUGAUGGAUCAGUUAGCAGCCCUGAAAAAGGAAAAUUCUCAUCUUAAAGAAUUGGAACUUGAAAAAGAAAAUUUUGUAGCAGAAAUGACUAAUCUGAAGCAUCAUGUUGCAGAGCUUGAAAAAGAAAAUUCACAAGUUAGAGAGUUAAUAGAUGAAAAUGAAAAGUUGUUCAGUGAAAAUGCUAGACUUAAACAGCAAAAAAAGACAGAAAAUAAAAAAGAUAGUCAGCUUACAGUAGACGUAAAAACUAAAAUCGAAAAGUUAACUUAUGAUAACGCUCAACUGAAACAGCAAGUUACUGCCUCAAACAAAGAAUCAUCAAAAUUAAAGAGGGACAUUUGUAGUUUAAAUGAAACCGUUGAAAAGUUGAACAAGGCUUUGUCAAGACACCAGGAGCAGCGAAGUCCAAGCCAGUCAGCAAGUGGAGAUGGAAAACAACUUCAAGCUAUGCAGAAUCAGAUUGAAAAACUAAAACAGCAGCUUGCAGAGGCAGAUGUCAAGCACAGAGAGGUUGUCAAUACCUACAGAACUCAUUUGCUGUCUGCAGUACAGGGCCGUAUGGAUCCAGAUGUCCAGGAAGCUCUCCAUCAUAUUAUCAGUCUCCGGAGCAAGGAGCAGUUCUGUUAAAUAUCCUUCACUACAAAAGUCAGUACUUGAAAUAUUUAAACCAAAGCCAACUAGCUAUUUAAAAUUGGAUCUUGCCAUCAAGUGCUAGAUGCUAUUUUAAGAAUCGACUGUUGCAGCAUAAUUUUGAUGUUGCAGAAGCAACAGGUGCAAAGUUGAUGGUACUAGGGAUUGUUUUUUGGUCCUGGCAUUACAGAUGCCUUGAAAUUUAUUAAAGGGGUAGCAUAAUAUAUGUUUCAUAUAUUGCAUAUGAAAAUGAUCAGAUCAUGCCAAAAAGAUUUCAGGUUUAAAGCGCAUUUGCAAUGAAUUUGAAGAGGGGCCUUUAACACCCAUAUAAUUUUCAGAGCCAAAAUUGUAAAUUAGUUUUGAUGUGACAGCAACUGCCAAAUUAUACAUUAAAGUUAUCAAGAAGUAUUUUCUUUAAUAGUGUUAGCAUGUAGACACAAGUAAAAUAUGUAGCAAGUUCCCAUG